AUGUUCAAAAGACACAAGUCUCUUCCUUCAGAACGCAAGAAAGAACUACUUUCCCGAGGAACUUCAGGGUCCAUAUUGAAGAAUGAUAUGAGAGAUUUUCAUUCUUUGUCCCAACUUAUACUCUCAGCAGGCCCUUUGAAGGCGACUCCAGCUAUCAAAAAUUCAAAAACUAUUCACUUUGAGAUUGAAAUACUUGAUGCUCAAACAAGAAAGCAGAUAUGUAUUGUGGAUAAGGUGACACAAAAAUCAACUAUCCAUGAUGUUAAACAAAAAUUGUGCAAAACAUGUCCAAAGUGGAACCCCUCUCGGAUUGGACUACAACUAGAAUGUGAUGGACCUAUUUUGAAGGACUGUAUUAAUAUUCAAAGUAUUGCAACUUCCUCAAUUGUUACACUCUAUUUUAUAAACAUCGGACAUCAAGUCAGUUGGAUCACAGUAUUUUUGGCUGAAUACACAGGACCUCUGCUAAUAUAUCUACUUUUUUAUUUGAGGAUUCCAUAUAUAUAUGAUGUGAAUGAGAGUUCUACAACAGUAUGCCAUCCAGUGGUACACUUGGCCUGUUUUUGUCACUGUGUACACUACAUUCGCUAUCUUUUGGAAACUUUAUUUGUUCACAACGUUUCGGGAGGCCACACACCAUUCAACAAUCUGGUGAAGAGUUGUGCCUUUUAUUGGGGAUUCACUUCCUGGAUUGCCUACUACGUUAAUCAUCCACAGUAUACACCACCAACAUUUGGAAACAGACAAGUCACGAUUUCUGCUAUCAAUUUUCUGAUUUGUGAAACUGGAAACCAUUUCAUCAAUGUAGUGCUGGCUCAUCCUGAUCACACAGGAAAUAAUGCCCGUUUCCCAAGUCCAACUUAUAACCCCUUCACAUGGAUGUUUACCCUGGUUUCAUGUCCUAACUAUACCUAUGAGGUUGGCUCUUGGGUUAGUUUCACCAUUAUGACUCAAACAUUGCCAGUUGGGAUUUUUACAUUUCUGAUGAGUAUCCAGAUGUAUUUGUGGGCAAAAAAGAAACAUAAGAUUUAUGUGAAGAAAUUCAGUUCUUGUAUGAACAGAAAAUCAGCAAUGAUUCCAUUCAUAUUAUAA